AUGAUUGGCAUCAGACCGCUUGCUCGGCUUUCCCAAAGGGGCCUCAUCUUGAGAUCCAGCCCAUUGGCCAGAUUGGUUUUGCCAAAGACUUCCAUAUCUCCAGCACAGCGCCUAGCAUUGCCCUUAUUUCCUAAAGUGGGAAGGGCCUAUUCCACGAAAACGGCACCACCACCGCCACCACCUCCUCCAAAGUCCGACAAAAAUGCCCGUGGUAAGGCAAUUCUUUCCAGAAUCACUAGAUUCUUCACCUUUUCGGCCGCCACAGGCAUGGUCAUCGGUGCAGUAGCCGUUUCUGGUCUCGUCAUAUACCUCAUUCUCCUGGAGCUUUUCUUGCCCUCUGGAGACACCAGAACGUUUAACAAAGCCUUGAAGGAGGUGGAGAAGAGCCCUGCUGCUCAACAGGCCCUUGGCUUCAAGCUGGGUGACAGACUUAAGGCCUUCGGUGAGACCGGAGGAGACAGAUGGACCAGAAACAGACCACCACAGAGCAUCAAGAAGCGUGGCCCCGAUGGAAAGGACAGAUUGGCUAUGCGCUUCCACGUGGUGACGCCCAACGGCCGUCAUGCCAGUGUGAUUCUCGAGCAGAUUGACAAUUCGUGGUGGAGCUCGGAGUUCUCGUACAUUGCUCUUGAGUUGUCCAACCGCAAGGUGGUGUAUGUGAUUGAGCCCAAAUUUCUGCCUAAAAACUUUGCUCCUAGAGGUGCCGGCUUCGGCAAGGGCACGGGCUUUUUGGGCUUGAACUGGGGCCCCAAGAAGGACUAG